AUCCGGUUUACAAACUGACACAAUGGCAACACCGACGACGCCACUCAGUAGUGGCCCCGUACAACCGAAACAGGAGACUCAGAGCACUGACGGCGUCAAGUGUAUAGAUAUGUCUAGCGCCCUCAACAGUGCACUGUUGCCCAGGAAGAAGCGUGUGCGACGCAUUCAAGCGGAACUGCCCUUGUAUCGCCAGCAAGUACACGACUUGGAGCUCCAAUUGACUCGAUACAAGCUCAAAAGCACAAAAACUGCUCAAUUAAAAAGCGAAGACGGCCGAUGCAACACCCAAAACGGAGGCGGAAGUCUCUGGAAUGAAGUUGCAGAACGACAGCUGAAGGAGCGAUUGAGAGCCGAGCGACAGCAAGCAGAACUCAAGGAAUCGUAUAACGAGUUCAUUCAAUGUUCAACAGAGCUCCGUAAAUUACUUACACGAGCGGAAGAAAGUAAACGGGAGCUGAUGCAAUGCGUACAGAUCAGCGAGCGGCACAAAUUUUGGGAUCUCUCCAUUGACUCAGCCGAAAUUUUCUCGGACCAAUUGGUUCAGAUAACAAGAUUGUACUUGGAAGCCCAACAGCGGCAGAGUCCAAGCUGGUCGGUGCAUUUCGGCUCUCAAUUGUCAGGGGGAAGGGACGUUCCUAAACUGGAUCCUACUGUCAAGGCCGGAGUCGUACUCGAAGCUCGUUGUAGUGUUGUGCUACCGUUCGACCUGGAAGUAGCAACGGAUGCGUACUGGCGAUUCUUCCGAUUCGACCACAGUUAUCAGCAUUUUGCCAACCAAGCACCAGCUCGAUCGGUAAAUUUGAUCUUCUUUAUUCCGUUGAUGGUUGCUGAGCUAACACAUUCUUAUAACCAGACGAAUCUUUUCGCACGGUCUUUCGCGUUGUGAACAGAGGUAGGGGGUUAUUCAUCUGAGACCGAAGGCAGAUACACUUGUCGAAAAUACGUUGGCGAAGACGACGCCACAUUGGUUUGGUCAGGGAUGUGGAAUAUUUUGAAGCUUGGACAUGUGAGAUUCGACAGGAUGCAACUUCACAAGCAAGGUUUUAUUAAAUUACGGCGGCUAUCUCAACAUGGAGCAGCGCAGACAUCGACGUCAACUCUAGUAGAAACGAGUUUCGAGACUAUCCCGGUUUUUCACAACAGCGUUCGUGACUACAAGGAACAAACGAAGGUACUGAUCACCUCCCUGAGUCAGUCGCAUGACACGAUCGAUGAUUAUUUUUGCCGCUUAAUGAGUGAUAUACUGCUGGAAGAAGACUGGAAGUCGACGUUUGGGCAACAAAACACUGGGUCGUUUUGAGCAUUUUGGUACUGUAGCAUACAGUUUGAAUGCAAGUAUUCAUGCGUCACCACUUGCCGCCUUUGAAACAUGUCGGACUACAACAUAUCCAAAUAAAGCCAUCGAAUGUCACGGAAAUCAUGCCCGUGUUUCGAAAUAUCCGGUCCGGUAAUACUGAAGUACUUUUCUUUUGCUGCACGGUAAUUGAGCAGCGAUUGAGCAGGUCAAUAGGAAAUGCACAAUCUGUACGAUGUCA